GGCACAGGUGGGUGGCACUUCUGGGCACAGGUAGGUGGCACUUCUGGGCACAGGUGUGUGACACUGCAGAGUGACACAGGUGGGUGCACUGCUGGGCACAGGUGGGUGCACUGCUGGGCACAGGUGGGCGGAACUUGCGGGUGGCACUGCUGGGCACCGAUCAUCAGGGCACUGAUCAUCAGUGUCCUGAUGAUCGGUGCCGAUCCCCGCUCUGACAACUGCCGGUUCUCGGCAGUACUUUCCUCACGAUCUGACAGCGUGAGGAAAGUGCAGCCGAGAACCGGCACUUGC